AGUCACGUGGGGACCAGCGCGGUUUGUUUUGGCAAGCGUUAGGUCUCCGCGUUGACAACACACCGACUGCCAAAGCACGGAAGCGAAUGGGUGCGCUGCCUUUUUUUUUUUUUUUUUUAUCAGAGGCACCUCAUUCACCGUCACCAGCAAACGCAAGUCUUUUCUUCGCGGCUGUUUGCGUUACAUGUCGAAGGUUCUGAGCAGAAGGAAAAAAACAGGGAACGUACUGUCAGAGGUCAGAAUAACUCACAGAAUCUAGAAGGAGGUGGCACAUUCACCAAAUAUGGAAGAGGAUACCAAACCUCUCUUGGUUCCUGUCGGAGGCGAUGAAAGCAAUUAUGGAAUCAUGAAUAUACAGUUUAAUCCAGAAGACUUUAAGUGCAAAAGACCAUUUCAUGUGGAGCCUACAAACAUAGUCAGUGUGAACGACGACAUGCAAAGAGUCACUGACGAAGCUUCAGCAAUGAAUAAGCGGAUUCAUUACUACAGCAGGCUCACGUCUCCUGCAGACAGGGCAUUGAUUGCUCCUGAUCAUGUACUUCCAGCUCCUGAUGAAAUCUAUGUGUACAGUCCGUUAGGAACUGCUUUUAAAGUUGACAGUUGCACAGAUGGCUAUGGUAAAAACUCCAGUGUAGUGACAAUAUUUAUGAUAUGGAAUACAAUGAUGGGUACCUCUAUAUUAAGUAUCCCAUGGGGAAUAAAACAGGCAGGCUUUACUUCUGGAAUCAUUCUCAUCUUACUGAUGGGCAUUUUGACUCUUUAUUGCUGCUACAGAGUUGUGAAAUCACGGAAAAUGAUACCUUUAAUAGAUACCUCAAACUGGGAAUUCCCAGAUGUUUGCAAGUAUUACUUUGGAUCCUUUGGUCAAUGGUCAAGCCUCUUAUUUUCUAUGGUAUCGCUUGUUGGAGCCAUGGUUGUUUAUUGGGUGCUUAUGUCCAACUUUCUGUUCAACACAGGAAGGUUUAUAUACAACUUUGUGCAUGACAUUAAUGUAACAGAUAUUGUUCCUGGCACGAAUGGAAGUAACAAAGUCAUUUGUCCAAGUGCUGCUAGCAGUCACCCACCACAGAACAAGAGUGUGAUCUUCUCUUCUGGCAACAAUACUGGUUUUGAACUCUUCGAGGAGUGGUGGAACAAAUCACAAACAGUACCAUUUUACCUGAUUGCUGUUCUUCUACCCCUGCUAAAUCUGAAGUCUCCAUCCUUCUUUGCAAAGUUUAAUGUCCUAGGUACGGUUUCAGUUGUCUACUUAGUUUUUCUGGUUACUGUUAAGGCUGCUCGUCUGGGAAUCCACUUAGAAUACAACUGGUUUACAGAGAAUGAUUUUUUUGUACCAGAGUUUAGAAUUCUGUUCCCUCAGCUCACAGGGGUUCUGACACUUGCCUUCUUCAUCCACAACUGUGUCAUCACACUUCUUCAGAAUAACAGGAAUCAAGAAAACAAUGUGAGAGACCUCUCUAUUGCAUACUUCCUGGUGGGAUUAACAUAUCUGUAUGUUGGAGUGAUAAUUUUUGCAUCUUUUCCUUCUCCACCACUAUCCAAAGAAUGUAUUGAACAGAAUUUUCUAGAUAACUUUCCCAGUGAUGACAUCAUGUCAUUUGUUGCAAGAAUAUUCCUGCUGUUCCAGAUGAUGACUGUAUACCCACUGUUGGGCUAUCUGGCACGAGUUCAGCUGUUAAGACAGUUUUUUGGAAAUGCUUACCCAAGCAUUUUCCAUGUGCUUGUCCUGAACGUAGCAAUUGUAGGAGCUGGAGUAGCAAUGGCAAGAUUUUAUCCGAAUAUAGGAGGUAUCAUAAGAUACUCUGGAGCAACAUGCGGUCUGGCCUUUGUAUUCGUGUAUCCGUCCCUCAUCUACGUGAUCUCCCUGCAUCGUGCCGGGCAGCUGACGUGGCCAGCAUUGAUCAUUCACAUCUUUAUAAUCCUCCUUGGACUGGCUAAUCUGAUUGCACAAUUCUUAUUGUGAAAACUCCGCCUUCUCCCUGUAGCUGUUACAAGUGGUACUGUGACAUUUGGCAACAGCCUUGAGCAACACUGUCACACAUGAGAAUGAACAGUCCUCAAUGGGAUCUUCCUGAGAAAAGCUGCACCUUUGAAACAAAUUCAAAACACAUCUUUCAGGCGCUUGACAGGAAACCUAUCUUGCUCAUCUGAAAACACAGCUUAUUGAGAAGUGAAACGGUUCAGAUUUGAGUGAGGUAGUUCUCCUGUUUUUCUUGAACAUACAUCAAAGGUUAAUGAAACUCAAAUAUUUUAAUUUUUUACAGCACACUUCUCAAAACGCAGUUUUCAGCCUCAGGCCAUAGAACUCGUCUUCCCUCCAAAGGAACUGUCCUUACCUUUAUUAAAAAACAUGCUUUUUGCAGUAUUGUUCAGUGACUGUUUGAAAUGCUCUUUUGUUGCAGUUAUUUUCCUGUUUUGUUUGGAAAAUGAAUAAAUGAUUGUCUUUCCUUUUUUUUUUUAGGUUAAUUUAUAGUCAUUUGGGUCAAAAUGCACUCUUAAUUUUGAAUAUGCUAUUAAAUUGUUUUGGCAAUGUUUUUCCUCUAGGAACUUCCAACUAAGAGAAACAAUAAACUCAUGUCUCAGUGUUUUAUUCAGAACCAAUAUGUACACAAGUUAUUUGUGAUCUUAUAAUGAAAAGAGUCAGGAGGAUUAAAAAAAUUAGAACAAGACAAUUAAAAUUAGUAUUCCAGGCUUGACCUCACUUCAACUCUGUUAACUGGGCUGUUAUGUGCUGUGAAGUUGUCUUGUCAGGAGUUGCAUGUGGUUUUAUGGAUGCAUGUUGGACACAAUGUUCAUCACAGGCUUGCUCCCUCCUUUGUAGGGUCUUACUCUAGUGGUCUCUCACUAUGCUCCUCCACUACAUUACUCUAGACAUUUUGGAUGUGAGCAGAGAGACAAAGCCAGCACUCUUCAGAAUUGUGGACUAAGUCAAAUAAUUUAAGUUUUAAAUAAUUCCUAACAGAAGCUGGAAGAAUCUGGGAAGGGUUUUGUUUUGGUUUUUUUUUUUUAACUUCUUGUUUACUAACUAAGAGGGUGUACAUGCGUAAGCACACAUACACCUUCCUUCACCUACCAUCUGUGAGUCGUGAGUCUUAACCCAAAACAUGCAAUAAUUAAGUUGCCAGGCAUUAGUGGAAUGUCAUAUUUUGUGGUGGGAGAGAGAGUAAAAACUCCUCUGUGUACAGAAUUUCAGUGUAUUAAAAUAAUCAACAAAUGUAGAAUAAUUGAAAGAGGACUCCGAGCAACGCUAAAUCCCAAAGUAAGUAAAAGAGGAAAAACGUUGGAGUGAUGCAAUAUUUGUGAAGUAGGAGUUGAGUUGGGAAAGAUAAUGACAUUGCAGGGUAAGAGUUCGCAUUUGCAUCAGAAAGACAAUGAAAAGUAUAACCUAGUUUAUUACCAUGCUUCUCUGGGAAAUUAUGUGAAUUUUUGUAGUAAUGAUGUAAAUCCAUUUGUUUGAGUUAGGCUCCUCAAACUGUGUAAACAACACUGACUUGCAUAAAUGUCCUUUGAUUUGUAUGAAAUACAAGAUCAUACGGGUUUGGAA